GACACAACAGCCUCUUGGCCAAUCUCAGAAGAGGAGGCGGUCCUUUGGGCCUGUCGUAAAAAACAGUGGGUUAGAUUUACCCAUUGAGGUGCCUGCUGAUGUAUUUGGCCACGAGAGUUAUGCUAUGUCUUUUGAGCGCUCGAUUUUAACCGUAGCUUCAAAUGAACGCCGAGGAGACUUUAACCUAUGCAGAUAUGUUUCCAUCAAACUGCCCUUUGCGGAUAAAAGGCUGCGCGUGAUGCUGUAGUACACACAUAGCUUUUGCAGGUCUGGGCACAUGCGCUCUAGCCAACAGCUCACAGGGAUACCUCAGAAGGAAAUGGAUGGUUCUGAGCCUGCAGAGAGCUCUGACUGUGGACAUGGAAAGAGCUGUUGGACAGCCUGUGCCAGGCUGCGCAGCUACAAGCUGAAGGGCAUCUUCACAUGGCGUCUGCUGAAGACCAUCGCCAUGGGCCAGGCCCUGUCCAUGCUGAUUUGCGGUACGGCGGUCAGCUGCCAGUACCUAGCGGAAGCGGGUGUGGAGACGCCCAUGCUCCAGAGCUUCCUCAACUACGUCCUGCUGCUGCUCACCUACACGGCCUCGCUCAGCCUCAGAAAAGGUGAUGGGAAUAUAUUACAGAUUUUAAAAACAAAAUGGUGGCGGUAUUUACUUAUGGGACUGACGGACGUGGAGGCAAACUACACAGUGGUGAAGGCAUACCAGUUUACAACGUUGACCAGCAUACAGCUGCUGGACUGCUUUGUGAUCCCGGUGCUGAUGGUGCUCUCCUGGUUCUUCCUGAAGACACGCUAUCGCCUGGUGCACUUUGUGGCUGUGGCCGUUUGUCUGCUGGGGGUGGGUGCCAUGGUUGGGGCUGACCUACUGGCUGGGAGAGACCAGGGAUCCACCAGUGAUGUGUUGCUGGGGGACGGUCUGGUGCUGGUGAGUGCUGCACUGUAUGCAGUGUCAAAUGUUUGUCAGGAGUACACGGUGAAGAACCUGAGCCGUGGGGAGUUCCUGGGUAUGAUGGGCCUGUUUGGCACCCUGAUCAGCGGCGUACAGCUAGCCAUAUUGGAAACCAGUGCAGUAGCAGCUAUUAAAUGGAACUGGAAAAUUAUUGUACUGUUUGCGGCCUACGCCUUCUGCAUGUAUGCCCUGUACAGUUUCAUGCCCCUGGUGGUCAAGAUGACCAGUGCCACUGCAGUGAAUCUCUCCCUGCUCACCGCUGACCUCUUCAGCCUCUUCUGUGGCAUCUUCCUCUUCCACUUUGUUUUCUCAAGCCUGUACAUUGUGUCGUUUGUGGUGAUCACCGUGGGCUUCGUCAUGUUCAACGCUGUGCCCACCUACACGCCCGUUCCUGAGUCGGACUCCGCUGGUGAGGAGGACGACAGAGUUUGACGACCCUGCUGCCUUUGUUGAGGGAGAAAAAGACCCCCAGAAAGGAGAGACCACCACAGACCUGCACCAAGCGGGAGCAGAGGGGAGGGGGGCCAAGGAAGAGGAGACCGAGACGAGCAACAGGCGUGCAGUGACAUACGUUACAGAAGAACACAGCACGAAGAUGUAGCCAACUAGAUUGUUUAAGUUAUUCUUUCAACAACUACGUAGAUGAUGGGGUUUUCUGUAGUUGUAUAGAAGCCUAGGUGCUGCCAAGUACCCUGGUGCGACAGACUGCAUGGUACAAAGCGAGCUACCCGCUACUAUGUACCCAACAAUAUGGCUCAUUAGUUUGCUUUAUUAGACAAGCUACUAUGCAACCUCACAAUAUUUUUCUGCUAUUGGGUUGACAAUCUAUAUAUUUUAGAUGAUAUUUUAUCAAAGGCUUACAUUGUGUUCUGCCUCCUUUUUAAACUAAUCAGUGUAUGGUGUGUUGAUUACUAUAUUUCUUCCCCAUGAGGACAAUGUAUUUGCAAAGCACAUUCAACAAGACAGUUCCUCCAAACAGUAUUUAUUUGUGCGAUUCCAGGUUGCUAUAGUAGCCUACUAAUACACAAUUGUCAAUGUAUUUUUUAAUGUUUUUUUUGCAGCAGGUCUUCUGAAAACUAAUAGGUAAAUUAAACAUUUGCGGUGUUUGUGUCUGCCGAAAUUAUGCCUUUGCCAAAAUGUUGUUGUAUAUUGAUGAUAAAGUUUUAUAUUCUCUUGUUUCUGGUUA